AUGGCGCGAUCAACUUCUGAUUCACGGCCUAAGCCAUCCGCAUAUUUAUUCCUCUACAACACCCUCUCAGCCCUUCUUCGAACAGCCCUCUUGCUCAGAACUACAUAUCUGUGGUUAACCCAAGGCAAUAGCGCUGUAUGGGAUGAACUCAACAUUUUAGCACGAUGGACUGAAACUUUGACGGUGAUGGAAAUCAUCCAUGCUGUUACUGGUCUUGUGCGAGCUGCUCCAGCCACGACGGCGCUGCAGGUAGCUGGUCGAAACACCAUUGUCUGGGCAAUUACACGAAACUAUCCGGAAGUUGGCUUGAGGGAGACUGCGUAUAGUCUUAUGCUCAUAGCUUGGAAUGCGGCCGAUGCAAUUCGAUACUUCUAUUUUACACUUCAGACUGGAGCGGGAUCUGUGCCAGGAGCAUUGACAUGGCUGAGAUACAACAUGUUCAUCGUCCUUUACCCAAUUGGUAUUCUCUCGGAGAUGAAACUUGUUUACGAAGUCAUCCAGCCAUCUCAAGCUCGAAACCCAGCGUAUCAGUAUCUGCUUUGGUUUGGGCUAGCGAUCUAUAUUCCAGCUCCAAAGACCAAAAUCUUAAUUUCAACUCCAUCUUCCAAGAAUGGCCCCAUCGCCAUGGACAUCUUUCCGCAGAAGCAGUACAUACGCCAGCGGACACGCGGGCUGUUAUCGGACAGGUUAAACAUUGACUUGACCACUCAUUCUCUGGAUGAGGCAAAGAGGCUUGAUUACCACGCACUAUCAUAUACAUGGGGUCCGCCAGAGGGCGAUGGCAAGUCUACCGACUCCGAUUCAUCGUGCAUACUGGUGAACGGUGGAAGACUCUACGUCCAAGCGAAUUUAUUCAAUGCUCUCGUUCGGUUCGAAGAAUUUGAUUGGUAUCUGUGGAUCGAUGCAAUAUGUAUUGAUCAGACCAGCCGAAGGGAGCGCGAGAUCCAGGUCGGCAUUAUGAGCGAAAUAUACAGCAUGGCGGCGCGAGUCGAUAUCUGGCUUGGUGAAGGCGGAAAAGAUUCUGACGUGGCCAUUCAUCUGAUACAGAAACUCGCUAGCUUGGUUGAAAAGACAGAUGGGGAUGAAGUGAGCCUAGACAAAGGCGAAAUCGAAAGGUUGGGUCUUCCACCUAUUCCUUCUUUAGCCUGGAAGCCAUUCGUUGAACUCCUGGAGCGAAAUUGGUUCCGCAGAGCUUGGGUGAUUCAAGAAACCGUUCUAGCUAGGCAUACCUUUGUGUUCCUGGGCAACAGCGAAAGUAUCUCAUGGGAAGAGCUCGCCUCCGCUCUGGCGAUGAUAAAAAGACUGGGCUGGCUUCCGAACGCUGCGUUGGCAAUGGCUAGAGUGGAACAAGUUUCAUGGUCACCAGGACCCUACGCCACGCACUUCAUCACCGUGAUCAAGAUGUCCCUCGAAAGGUUGAAAAACCCAAAAGAUCACCCGUUGCUUUCUGUCAUCGAAGAGCUCACCGGCACUGAUAAUUGGAAAACAACCGCCAGUUCUCAGUUAGCAUACAUGAUGAUGGCUUGCCAUAAGUUCCAGGUUACGAAUUCCCGUGAUAGGGUCUAUUCGUUGUUAGGAAUGGUUAAUAUCGCUGCGAGCCACAUGGGAAUUCCUCGAUGCGAUUUGGAAGUCGAUUAUAAGGCGACAGUUGCUCAGGUUUUUACCGCCGCCACAAAGAAUAUCCUGCAUCAUUGUAAUCACCUGGGAUUCAUAUCUUUGGCUGGUUUUGCAGAAUUCCACCAUGGCACACAGAAUCUGCCUUCAGAUGAUCUACCAUCGUGGGUACCUAAUUUCUCCAACGAGCGCUCUGCUGCAAGGACUGCUCCUAUCCUUUUUGCUCGUGGCAACAGCGAUGAUCGUUUGGACGCCGCGCGAUACAGUGAGAUUGGCUCUCUGGGAUUUACUAUCGCUGGCUCAAGGCUCUCUGUCCAAGCUCUUCGCGUUGGGCAGAUCCUUCCAGGGUCUUAUCAAUUCUUUGAACUCGCUUACUAUUUCAAUAUCGAACCUUUUGCAGAUCUUCUGCUACGAUGCGGGCAGCACUACAAACCGACUGGAGAACUCAGCAUCGAAGCUUGUUGGCGCACUUUCAUCUUUGGCUCGAACAUACACGACUCAACCGCAGAUAGCUCGGCACUUGGCGGUUGUUUCAAAGCCUGGCUGUCCUUUAUCGUGUUUCAUCACUUGCGGGUUUGGGAUCGCUCAAUGACAGUCAACGAACGGCUUUCAAUCUUGGAACAAAUGACGAACUACCUAUCUCUUGUGAACCGGGAUGGGGAUGAAGCAUGUGAUAUGCUUCCAAGUAUCAAAUGGAUAAAACAGAUGCUUCAAAAAUUAGGGCCUUCUGAUCCUCCGGACUCACAGCUGUCGUCAAUCUUUUCAUACAUGGCGUCGACAUCCUCAAUUACUGGCUUUUCCUCGGACCUUAACUUAGAGUGGACAUCCACGGUGGCCAAGGAACUCGCGGAUACGUUUUCCCUGGCUUCUCAGUACGCCAUGUUGUUAGGUACAUACGCUGGUCAGCGGCGAGUUUUCUUGACAGACCAAGGGCAUUUGGGAUUGGCUUUCUCGUCGGCACUUGAAGGAGACAGUGUCUGGGUGGUUUCGUCUUGUCCGGUGCCAUUGGUUUUGAGGCCUCGAGCUGACGGCACUUAUCAACUGGUCGGAGAUAGCUAUGUUCACGGAAUCAUGAAAGGCGAGGCAGUAAAGGAUAACAGCUGGGAGGAGAUUACCAUUACCUAG